UCGAUUGGGAAAUGUUACUGUACACGAUGGCGAAUCUAAUCAAUCUGCCUCAAUUUUGGGAAUCGGUGACUCGUUCGUUGCAUCGAACGCUCGCUCCGUCUAGGCAAACCGGUGGAAAGAAUCGGUUCGCUGUACUGAACCGAACUCUCCAUCACUAGUCUCCUCACACACGCAGCAUCACCACCACAAAAGCCCCCCUUACGGGCAUCACCAGCUUUUCUGCGCCCCCUACUACCCAAACGGAGAUUAUCUCUACGGUCUCCACGCCCCGGCGCCACAGAUAUCUGGAUAUUCCUCUUCUUCUGUAACAUUUCGAGCCAUUUUGUGGACCUCGUUUUGAUCGGUUUUAAUGGAACAUGGCGAUACGGACUCGCUCCUGCAGCGUCGUCUGCUUGGUUUCCCUCCAGAUUGUGCUGAUCUUUAUCGUGCCGUGGACCGGAGUGGAAAGCCUCACCUUUCCGCAGCAUUACACGAUAAUGCACUGGGCGCGGAGGAUAGAGCAAGAGAUUGACAGAGUCCUGCAGCACAUCAGUGGAGCGCAGCAGCUAAAGGCGAUUUACAGUGAGAAGCGGAGGCAGUACAGCCUCGUCAGGAACAACCCCAGAGAGAUAGUGGAGAAGGUGGCAUCGGACAUCGAGAAGCUCCUGGCGAAGAAAAAGAGAGCCCUAGAAAAACUGGCAAGUGAAGCAGAAAGGGUACAAAAAGCACAUCGGUGGCAGGACAGCAUUAAGGAGUGGGACAUAGAGUACUAUGACUCUAAAGCUGAGCUGGAUUAUGAUGGUGAUGAGUUUGAAGCUCAGAUGUCUCUGAAGUUGGAGUUUGUUUACGACCCAAACUUCAAGAACAACGUGAACUACUCCUACACUGCAGUUCAGAUCCCCACUGACAUCUACAAAGGCGCUCCAGUGAUUCUGAAUGAGCUGAACUGGACUCAGGCUCUAGAGAGGGUUUUUAUGGAGAACAGUAGAGAGGACCCCUCCCUGCUCUGGCAGGCUUUCGGCAGUGCUACUGGGGUCACCAGGUAUUAUCCAGCUACACCAUGGAGAGCUCCGGAUAAGAUUGACCUCUAUGAUGUGCGACGGAGACCCUGGUAUAUUCAAGGGGCUUCAUCCCCCAAAGACAUGGUCAUCCUCGUAGAUGUGAGUGGGAGUGUGAGUGGUCUGACUCUGAAGCUGAUUAAAGCCUCAGUGACGGAAAUGUUGGACACGCUGUCUGAUGAUGACUACGUUAACGUGGCACGGUUUAAUGAGAAGGCGGAGGCAGUGGUGCCGUGUUUUAAACACUUGGUUCAGGCGAAUGUGAGGAAUAAAAGGAUUUUUAAGGAGCACGUGUCUCAGAUGCAGGCCAAGGGAACCACAGACUACAAAUCCGGCUUCCGUUUCGCCUUCAACCAGCUGCUGAACAACACUAACGUACCCCGAGCGAAUUGCAAUAAAAUCAUCAUGCUCUUUACCGAUGGUGGUGAGGACAGGGCACAGGACAUUUUUGAACAGCACAACUGGCCCAACAAGACAGUGCGAGUGUUUACAUUCUCCGUGGGGCAGCAUAAUUACGACGUCACUCCGCUGCAGUGGAUCGCCUGUGCAAACAAAGGUUACUAUUUUGAGAUCCGCUCCAUCUGUGCCAUAAGGAUUAACACCCAGGAGUAUUUGGACGUGCUGGGACGUCCCAUGGUCUUGGCUGGGAGAAGUGCCAAGCAGGUGCAGUGGACCAACGUCUAUCAGGAUGCCCUGGGUCUGGGGUUAGUGGUGACCGGGACAAUGCCUGUCUUUAAUCUCUCUAUGGAUGGAAACUUUCAGAACCAGCUAAUCUUAGGAGUGAUGGGUGUGGACGUCCACCUGGAUGAACUGAAGAGGCUCGCACCGCGCUACAAUCUGGGAGCCAAUGGAUACAUCUUUGCUAUUGAUCCAAAUGGAUACCUGCUCCUCCACCCUAACCUCCAGGCCAAGGUGGUUGACCUGCCUGAGCCGGUGACUCUGGAUUUCUUGGAUGCAGAAGUGGAAGACAUCAGUAAACAAGAGAUUCGACGACAAAUGAUAGAUGGCAGAGCAGGCGAGAUGACAAUCAAGACUCUGGUCAAGUCAAUGGACGAGCGUUACAUAGACGAAGCAAUGAGGAUCUAUACCUGGACACCCAUUAACGACACUGACUACAGUCUGGGCCUGGUACUGCCUCAGUACAGCGAGUAUUAUAUCCAGGCUGACCUCAGUGAUGUCAUGCUCCAGCUGCAAUAUCUACAGUCUUUGCUGCCCAGCUCAUUUGAGUCCACUGGACAUGUCUUUUUAGCCCCACGGGAGUACUGUAAGCGUCUGCACUUGGCUGAGAAUAACACUCAGUUUCUGGAAAACUUCCUCUCCCUGAUGGUGGAAAUCACACCAGAGACUGAGGACUGUGAUCAAGGCCUCAUUCAUAACCUGAUUUUGGAUUCCGGUAUUAUCUGGCAGCUGGCCACAAGAGUCUGGAAGAACAAAGAUCUGAACACGUACGGCUUUCUAGCGCUGUUCGCGAUCACAGAUGGAGGUGUUACAAGAGUUUAUCCAAACACAGCUGCUGAAUCAUGGGAUGAAGAUUUAGAGCCUCUGAAUUCCAACUUUUACCGCCGCAGUCUGGAUAAUAAGGGUUAUAUCUUCAGGGCCCCAACUCGCACAUCCAUGGAAGACCCCUUGAUCACAGAGAAUGGCACAGUGGGAAUCCUCGUCACAACUGCAGUAGAGAUCACCGUGGGUGGCAAAGUUCUAAAGCCAGCAGUGGUGGGGGUUAAGCUGGAUUUGGAGGCGUGGGUCGACAAGUUCAAGAUCCUGGCCAGUAAUGUCUCUGACAGCAGACAGGGCUCUCAUAAGUGUGGUCCUUCCAGAUCAUGCGAGAUGGACUGCGAAGUCAACAGUGAUGAUCUGCUUUGCUACCUGAUUGAUGAUGGAGGAUUUUUGGUGAUGUCUAAUCAGAGGGACCACUGGAAAAAGGUUGGGAUGUUCUUUGGAGAUGUUGACCCCUACUUAAUGCAUGCGCUCUACAAUAACUCCAUCUAUGCCCGCCGCCAGUCGUUCCAGUACCAGUCAGCCUGUGAACCCACAGCUAGCAGCCGCACAGGAGCUGCCCCUCGCCGCUUUUUUGUGCCCUCCAUUGCUGAUAUGCUCAACUUGGCUUGGUGGACGUCUGCAGUAGCUUGGUCCCUGGUGCAGCAGCUUUUCUACGGCCUGGCGUACAACAGCUGGUUAAACACAGGUGAUGUUUUUGCUGAGGGGACAGAAGCCAAAGGCAGCAGCAGCUGUGUGACCAUCCAGAGCCAGUUCUACUUCACCAACUCCACUAACUCAUUCAACGUGCUGCAGGACUGUGGAAACUGCUCCAGGUUAUUCCAUGCUAAGAGGAUAGACAACACUAACCUGCUGUUUGUUGUUGCUGAAACGCUGCCGUGCAGCUCCUGUGAGAUUGAGAGGCUCACACAAGUCAGGACAGAGUUUCAAGAGGAGAUUCCGUGUGAUGUUUUAAGCUCCGCCCGAUACAGGAAAGGACCGGAGAAGUGCUUCGACUACAAUGAGGGAGAGAACACAUCAGAAUGUGGGAGGGGCCAUUCCUUACACUGUCCAGUUGGAGUUCUGAUCUUGGUCCAAUUAAUGUUGCUUUAUCCAAUUUUUCAACAUUGAGUUUCUUUAACUGCCCUUCUCCUGUAUGACCUUCUUAAGGCUCACAAUCUUCUCCGUCCUCACAACCUUCUCCAUGUUCCUGUUUGCUCCUGUUGUCUUCCCAAACCUCUGUGCCCCAUUCUGAAGUGCUUUUUGGAAGAGCAGCUGAUGUUCUCAACAGAGCCGGAUGGGUUGAUUGAGAUGCUGUUUGUGUCUUGGUGACCUGUCGUUGUGCAUAUCUUCUACAGACUCCUCUGGGUCGUACAUUUUUGAAAAUGAAUUUAUUCGUUAUUUGACAUUUUUUUCUUUGGAAAACAUUUUUCAAGUUGCCAUAACUGUAAUGUGUGCUUCAAAACCUGCUUGCUAUAUCCAACAGGUGAUCAAGGACGAAAUGUUUUGGGUGUUGGAUCUUGACCAGUGUUUACAAUAAUGCUACUCUCUUGAAAUGUAAUGAUGACUACAGCACUUCUUAUGAAAAUUUGCAUCUUGCUUUACUACAGCUUAGCCUUUUUUGGGUGGGGGAGUUAUGAACGCCUUGCUUCUCUCUGGAUUUAACAUCAUGCCCAGUGCUUUGUAGUUUGUAACAGGCUGGGAUGAUGUUUUAAAAUUUCUCCAAGUUUUCCCUGUCAUGCAUAUCUUUUCUGUCUAGAAGGCGAGGCCCUUAUAGUUGUUUGCUUUGUAUAAAAAAAGGACAAAAGUCAUAUUUUGACGUUAUUUGAGAAAAGAUGUUUAUAGAAUGUUCAAAGGGCAUAUAUUGUGUACAAAAAUGGCUGCCUGGUUUGCUACCCAACAGUGCCUUGGUGCACUACUCCUAAUGGACAGACGUAUGGUAUGGGUCUUGAGUUUGGCCAGUCCUUAAUAUAAAAGAAUAGAUGAGAAAUAUGAUGAUUGGUUGGAAGUUUCACAGUCUUGUUUUUAGCUAAGCCUUUAGCCCUGAUUUGGCGAUAUCACCCCUGUUCUAAACUCUGGGCCCACACCAUUGCCUCUGUCUGUAGGAAGCGAUACUAUUUUGCCUGUGUGUUGUAUUGAUGUAAAUACAUAUGAGGUUCUAAAAUCAAGCUGAGCUGAAAGAGUUCAGAUAAUUUUUUUUUUAAUGACAAGAAUGUUUGCUGAGGUGUUGCUUUCCUCGUGCAUGAUGGAAAAGUGACAGUCUGACUUCCAGGCUAAUUCCAAAAUGGUUUACGUUUUGAUAUUCAGUGCGCUGUAGACUUUACCCAGUGCACUGGAUGUCAGUUAGAGAACCAUUACAAAGCACAGUGGCUGCUUGUAUAAAACAUCUUGGGUAUUAAUGUUAAGAGGUUCAUUUGAAGCUGUAAAUAUUUUUACAUUUAAAGGUAAAGGUUCAUUCCCAUUAAAGGUAUCUGAGAAUCAUGGCUUAUUUUGCAGCGUUUUUGGUUCUGCCCCAUUUAAAGAAAGAACAACAGCAUUUGAGGGUACUUACUCUUGUUAUUCAACAAUGCCAAGAUAAAUAUAGUUCCUUAUUCUUUUGCGCCAUUAAGUCUGCUCUUUUGGUCCAAUGCUUAAAUAGAUUUUUUCAUAGACUCGAUUGUCAAAAAUCUGCUUUUGCAUGCAUAUAACCUUAAGUGGCAUCCCACCCUUAAUUUAAAUUUAUAUCGGCCCACCCUAUGCAGCUAUUUACACAAGAUUUAGGAGUGUGUUUAUGAGAAUUUUUGAUCAUUAUUUGAUACUUGGUACACUGCAGUCAGUACUGUUCUUCUGGCAACUGCCAAACCCAGACUCCUCCCUCGAAUUGCCAGAUAGAGAAGCAUUAUUUGUCAUACUAGAUGACAAAUGACAGACGAGGUGUUAUGUAGAUUAAUAUAAACAAUGUAAAGAUGUUUUAUACAAGUGACCACAUACUUUAAUUCUCCUCAGAAGCACAUUCAUAGCUCUGAAACUGCCCAAGACUCUGCAGCCGUUGUCCUGAAUGGAUACAUACUUUUUCCAAUGUAUUUUCUCAGAUAUCCUGGGUUUAUGAGUUUAAUAUGUAUACUGCAUGAACGUCUUUAUUGAGAUGUAGAUUUUUAGAAGUGUAGUUGCUCCUGAGUUUUAUGGAACAGUUUAAUUUUUUCCUUCAGAGAUAGCAGAAUUUUGAUUUGGGCAAAAGUAGAAAAGAAUCUGGAAUUAUCUGUAUCUGGAAUUCAUGUAAGGAGGAGCUGCGACACACCAAAGUGUUCACUUUAGAUGUAAAUGUUCAACUCAAAGACAUUUUUUCCCCAGAUAGAUUAAUUUUAAAACAUGGAUUCUAUGGGGUGUGUGUAGAUUCUCUAUUAAGUUAACUGCUGGACAGAAAACAAAAGAAAUGUUUUAGCAAACUUGGAAUCAAUAUUGAGUUUAACUAUUUAUAAAGCGUAACAAAGAACACAUAGACUGAGUAUGUGAGAGAAACAGCAUGAUGCAGCUUCAUCGUGACCAUUUUGGUUUAAGGCUUGGCUUUGAUGUUUGUAUAUUUUAAAAAAAUAUUGUAAUUUAUUUGCCAUAAAUGAAGUUAUUUAUUAUUAACAUAAUCAUUGUUAUGUAAAAGCCUUCAGUAUUACAGUGAAUUGAAUAAUGUGAAUAGGAAUGUUUGUCUCCCUCUGCUUUUUUUUUUUUUUACAUUUAUUUUGUUGAUGUUUGUGAGGGAGAUGAGGGAGGUCCCUUUUUCUCCGGUCUUCCGUAUUGCUCCAUUUUGUACAGAUGGCACAAAAAUGUUCAGAAUGAACUUUGUAUCCUAUUGUGUCAUUCACCUCUGAGAAGUUGAAAAAAAUGUUUAUAAGAGAAUUAGUGAUAAAGACAUUCAUAUUUUUCACGUCAAAA